AUGGCUGCUACGAGAUAUUCCCAGGUUGAUGGACCGACUUCUGGAGGCCAUACCAACCAAGUCAAGUUGACAAGAAAACCCCAGAUUGCUGCUGAACAUCUGCGUCGCCCCUAUCUCCGUGCUACCAUAGGCGCACUAGCUCCUCUUGCCAUUACUGUUUAUUUUUGGGUCAUUUGGCGCCUCGUACUCAACACUCCAACAGCAAGCAAUUGUCUCAUCUUUGGCCAACCAGGAGGUAACGCUAUAUAUUAUUCAUGGUUUGUGAUUGCAACUCUGGGCCUUAGCAUCUCUCAGUACGGACUCGAAAGUGUUCAGUUGGACAGUCUGUCGGCAAGUCAAUAUCAGUCUUAUACCACGGGACGAAAAGAUCGCACAUGGGCGCGACCUGACGGAUGGCUUCGCGUGAUCAGGUAUCGCAUUUUUCACCGCAAGAAACAUUCUGCUCAUAUGUCUUUGAAACUCUGGUCAAGCUUAGCCAUUACGACGAUGUUUGGUUUUAUCGGGCUUCCAUUGUCAGGAUUGGCUAUGAAUUUUGGAAAUGGCUAUUACAGCUCGGAGGCUAAUCCCUUGACGACAGGGUUCAAUAAUGACAGCUGGAAUUCGCGGUUCAAGGCAGGUAUAUCUCAGCGAGCCUUCGUUGACUGGAAUAACGGUGCUCCAUUAUCUUUGCCUGAAUCGGGGGUCAUCUACUCCAGCCCAGACUUAGACAGGUCGAGCGUGUCUUACUUGGCAAGCCUACCAAAUACACUUCCAAACGACACAGGCGUGGCAGACCUUUUUCUUGCUCCGCAAGCGCUUCAUCCCAUCGACGGUAGUUCUUGGGGGUUGCGGUUUGGCUACAACUGCACUGUCGUAACUAAAUUGGCUGACUUCACCAUUUUGAACCACCGACAAAACCGCAACGGAUCCUCUGGCGUUGGUAGCUCUACAUAUACUGUCAACGAAGGGAAUGCUAUCAUUCGAGUAUGGAAUGAAACCGAUACGUCUGUCCGGGUCCACUUUGCGAACAACAUCCAAGCCGUCGCAGAGAUCGGUUGGGAUGAAGCAAACAAGAAUCAACAGCAGACAAGAAGUGCACCAGCAGCCUCGGAAUGUUAUAAUCCAAUUCCGUUAUCUCGGGACGAGUCGAUACCUUACCCGGGGCUGGCUCAACCCCAAGUCCUUGAAUUUGCUUUGUGGCAGAACUUAACUUCGACAAAUUUUGAUGUCGAGAAUCCGCCAACAAUUGAUCAAUCACUUCCAAACACCAUCCCCGAGCUUUUUGGGGCUCGUCAUACGUACGACCAAGACGGGGCAGAAACGCAAAAUCCAAUGGCUGCCAUCGGUGUACGAUGUACGUCUGUGUCAGAAGUUGGGACAGCCAGAGUCGAUGGACGCUUGUCAACUUUCGCGGAGUUUCAUCGCUCAGAUAGCACCCCAAAAGGUACGAGUGGCCUUCGAUGCGCCGAGCGCCUUUCUCUCGGCGUACCAAAUCUGCUUUUCGCCAAUGCGCUAGCCAGCUCUUCGCCCUCAGAAUGGCUGAGCCCCUCCUACUCUUCGGUCGGCAAAUAUCAACAAGAAUAUACGCAACAAGACUACAUGUGGGUCGGCAACAAGAUCAACCUGCAGAGUUCCUACCUCCAAGCUGAAGAGUUGAAACGUUCACUGAUCCGCGCCUACUCGCUAUACGCACUAGCACUUGUCUACAACAGCGGUGUGGGUUAUAUAAGCGGCAAUGGCACUUAUGUUUCAGACUCUUUUGUCAAUGUCGAUGCUGUCACAUAUGUCGAGGAUACAAUACUGAUGCCCGGUGUUGUCCCGCCAGUGGUUAUAGCAGCCUUACUCACUUUUUGGGCGUCUGGCUCGCUAAUUCUCUGCGCGCUGUAUGGUUUUCGGCGUCGAUAG